GCGAGGCGGGGCCGCUCCGCUCUAAGAUGGCGGCGCGGGCCCCACGUGGUGCGCGCUGAGGCGGGCGCGGGGCGGGCGCUGGCGACAUGGCGGCGGCGGCGGCGGCGGCGGCGGCGGCGGCGGCGGCGGGCAGCGAGGGCGGGAGGAGCGAUGGAGCGGAGGAGGACGAGGUGGAGGAGCAACUGGUCAUGGUCGAGCUAUCAGGAAUUAUUGAUUCAGACUUCUUAGAAAAAUGUGAAAACAAGUGCAAGAUUUUGGGAAUAGAGACAGAGAGGCCCAUUUUACAAGUGGACAGAUAUGUAUUUGCAGGAGAAUAUGAAGAUACCUUGGGAACCUGUGUGGUUUUUGAAGAAAACACAGAGCAAGUAGAUGCAGAAGGCAACCAAAAAGUACAGCUGAAAUACAAGUGCCACACAGUGAAGAAGCUGAACAUGACACGGACCCUUCUGACAGAAAAGAAAGAAGGAGAAGAGAAUGUUGGUGGAGUAGAGUGGUUGCAGAUCAAGGACAGAGAUUUUUCCUACAGCAGGCUUAAUAUGAUUUGCAGUUUUUUACCUGAAAAGGAUGAUUCUGAGGAGUCAGCUCAGGCCCAAGAUAAAAUGACUGAAGAGUCAGAGGGAGAGGUUGGUGGCAAAGGAAAUUCUAACAUGGACUGUGACCUGGAAAAGCAGCACACUUUGGAAAUAGAUGCUUCUGUUCCUCUGCCUGACAGCUCUGCUUCUGGGGCAGAGGAAUCUCCUUCUGGAAAUGCUGCCUUAGAGGAUAUACCACCAUGAUAUUAACUCUGAUCUUUUCAGGGUUUCUUCAUGGAAUUAAUGGGCCAACUUUUAUUGGCCAUGACAUGGUUUCCACCUUAUCUGAAAAAUGAAUAGUGGAAAAACAGACAUUAUGUUCUUGUGCAUUGCUUUUGUGUUUGAAUUAUAGUGGGAAGGGCUUAAGUGUUUUUUUAAAUUUUUGACUGGAAAUGUAUGUAUCCCUACCUCAAAACUGAACAAGUGGAAAUGGUUACAUAAUUAAAACAAACUCCUACCUUAGAAAAAUGCUGAUAUAUUGUACAGUCUGAAACAUUUUGUAAAAACAAAGAAAUACAAUUGUUUAAAAUAAAGUCCUGCAUUUUUCAAGUAUAGCUUCACCCUGUAUGUUGUAUUCAGCCACAUACUCUGUUUGUUCUUGUACUGCAGUUAUUGAAAGAAAUCAAAUAAAUGUGGCUUUUAUUGACUGUU